UAUACAUAAGUGGUUUGUAUAAACUACGAUAGAUUUAACAACUUGAAUUGUUACCAAAACGAUAUAACCUAGACGGAUAUAUGUACAACCACAGAAUCGGAUAUAAAAUGUUUGCACAUUUCUGCUUUGUAGGAAUUGUUUUUUGUAUUAAGAAUGCGGCUUGUGAUUUAGGUAAUGUUGAGCCGGUUCAAUGUGUGUCGAGAUUUGAUUAUAAUUAUAAAGUGCUGGAGAAAUUAUCUCAGUUUGAAAGAGAAAUUAAGGAGCUAAAACAAAUGAAAAUGUUUGAAGAUAGUCAAAAGGUUGCGUUUAUUGCACAGCUAUCAGUUUCUCUCAUUAACCCGGCAGUGAAUACUGUAGUUGUUUUUGAUAGAGUCAGUACAAAUGCUGGAAAUGGAUACAAUUCUGGAUCAGGGAUGUUUGUCGCCCCAGUGAAUGGCUUAUACAGCAUACAUCUAGUUGCAAGCUCAAGAUCAAAAGCAACAACCAAUUAUCUUCAUCUAUACAUCAUGCACAAUUCCUCUCAAGUUGGUUAUAUUUUCCUUGACCAGAAUUCCGACUACUCACUGAUGAGAUCAACCGCUAUCAUACUUCAACUUAGCAUUGGCGACACGGUGUUUGUUAAGAUCGGAAACAAAGGAGCAAGGGGCCACCUGGAAGGCUGUUGUUUCCAUACGGUUUUCAGUGGAUUUUUAAUCAAUUGACGUCUUCUCGAUUAUAAGCAAUCAUACGGACUAUGUCACAAUACAGACUAAAGUAUUGUUAGAUGUUAUACAAAGUUGUUGACGAAUAUGCUUCAAUUAAGAAAAAUAAUAUGAAAUAUAAACGUGGAAAAACUGUGCCCUAUAAGAGCUUCAUUUGCAAACAACUCCGUGUUUGAGAAAUACCUUAUGGUAUUUUUGAUUUCUGACAGCAUGGAUUUUUCAAUAAUCAGCAAAAAGUAAUUGAUACAUAACAUUCAUGGAAACAAUCAAUAAACAAUUGGAGUAAUCGUCGUUUUGUUUAAAAUAAUUAGAAUAAAACUUUUUUAUGAUUUACCAAUAAAACUCACUGGAAACAGAAACUCAUUUAUUUUUUCUCAGGACCACCGUUAGUUAAAACCUUUUAAUGUUACUGAGAGCAUUACUGAUUUAUCCGUGAAUAUAAUAUUUGAUAAUUUCACAUUGAAAACAAAGAUGUAGAUAAUGUUAUCUAUGUAUCUUGUGAAAAUUAUCAAAUUAAAUAUAAUUUCACACUUUUCAAAGAAAAAACUCAUUUCUAAAGAUUUUUCCCAUGUGGUACCUGGCUUUUAUCUUUGCAGACAAAUCCAACAUUAUCAGGGUUGUUUACAGCAAAGGAAAUUUAAAAUUCAUAAAUAACUUAAAUUUCAAACGAAUUGAAAUAUGAAACUUACAUUAAUUCAUUCAAUUUACCAGUCACCAAAUAUCGUCUCUAAUUUUUCAUUUUAUUGUAACAGUCUGCAAAUUGCCCUCCCAUCAUUAUGGAAUAAGGCAAUACUGCUCUUUAUGUUAUUUGAUUUUUUUUUAAGAAUAUGGUCUCCAGUUAAUUUGUGUUUAUUGAACCAGAGGGAUUUGUCCUUUAGUGAAUUCUGAGGUAACAAAUCACUUCGCAAAUUAAAUGAAGAACACUAUUUGAAAGUAAAUCAAUCAUAUUGUUUUGUAACACCUAUAAAAUAUACAAAACUGAAUAAAUUUU